GAGAGAGAGAGAGAGAGGGACUGAGAUUAUGAAAUUCUCAGCCAGCAAGCAAGAAAGAUACUUAAGUCAAGAUGAAGGGAAGUUUUGCCUCUUCCUGAAAGUUAUGUUAUUAGUUUUUAAAAAAAAUCAGGAUGACUGCUAGUUUUGUUUAAAGUAUUUGUUCUGGAAAUACUAACGUUGGAGUCUACCAGACUGAGGUUAGAAGCAUUUUUUUUGGCAGCAAGAAGAUACUUUUAUAGAAGCCAUGCCUGUACUUGGGGCUGCCUCAGAAGGGAGGCGGCCAGCCGUUGGGUCAAAGCCUGUUCAUACUGCUCUUCCGAUACCAAAUCUUGGCACUACUGGGUCGCAGCAUUAUUCUUCAAGACCUUUGGAACUUGCUGAAACAGAGAGCUCAAUGCUUUCUUGUCAGCUUACAUUACAAUCAGCCUGUGAAUUUGGAGAGAUGAAACCCCUCCAAGGAAAAGCCAAGGAGAGAGAAGACAGCAAGAUUUACACGGACUGGGCCAACCACUACCUAGCAAAAUCGGGCCACAAGCGGCUGAUCAAGGACCUGCAACAGGACAUCGCAGAUGGAGUCCUCCUAGCAGAGAUCAUCCAGAUCAUUGCAAAUGAAAAAGUUGAAGAUAUCAAUGGAUGUCCUAGAAGUCAAUCUCAGAUGAUUGAAAAUGUUGAUGUCUGCCUUAGUUUUCUAGCAGCCAGAGGGGUAAAUGUUCAAGGUCUAUCUGCUGAAGAAAUAAGAAAUGGAAACUUAAAAGCCAUUCUAGGGCUGUUUUUCAGUCUGUCUCGCUACAAACAGCAGCAGCACCACCAACAGCAGUAUUACCAGUCCCUGGUGGAGCUGCAGCAGCGCGUCCCGCACGCCUCCCCGCAGCCGGACGCCAGUCAGGCCAAAACCCAGCAAGAUAUGCAGUCCAGUCUGGCAGCCAGAUAUGCAACUCAGUCUAAUCACAGUGGAAUUGCAACCAGUCAAAAAAAGCCUACUAGGCUUCCUGGACCCUCUAGGGUACCAGCUGCAGGCAGCAGUAGCAAGGCCCAGGGAGCCUCUAAUUUAAAUAGGAGAAGUCAGAGCUUCAACAGCAUUGACAAAAACAAGCCUCCAAAUUAUGCAAAUGGAAAUGAAAAAGAUUCCACCAAAGGACCUCAACCUUGUUCAGGUGUAACUGGUACCAUGCAGCCCCCCGGCCCUGCUGGGCAGCCGCCGGCCUCGGCCAUCCCGUCCCCGAGCGCCAGCAAGCCCUGGCGGAGCAAGUCCAUGAACGUCAAGCACAGCGCCACGGCCACCAUGCUGAGCAUCAAGCAGGCGAGCCCGGCCACCUCGCCCACUCCGUCCCCGGACAGACUGAAGCCACCCGUCUCGGAAGGAGUCAAAGCUGCCCCCUCAGGACAGAAGUCCAUGCUUGAGAAGUUCAAGCUGGUCAACGCCCGGACGGCUUUGCGCCCUCCGCAGUCUCCCAGCUCAGGACACGGUGACGGUGGGAAGGACGACGAUGCCUGCUCUGAAUCCGGAGAAACGGAAGGUUUUAACAGUGGUCUGAACAGUGGUGGCUCAACGAACAGCAGUCCCAAAGUGUCACCUAAAUUGGCCCCUCCGAAAGCUGGCAGCAAAAAUCUCAGCAAUAAAAAGUCUCUGCUACAGCCCAAGGAGAAAGAGGAGAACAAGAACAAGAAUAAAGUUUGCCCCGAGAAGCCGGUCAAGGAGGACAGGGAGCAGAUGGCGGAGGCGGCUCCAAAGAAGACCUCCAAAAUCGCAAGCUUGAUCCCCAAGGGCAGCAAGGCGGCGGCGGCCAAGAAGGAGAGUUUGAUCCCGUCGUCCAGUGGGAUUCCAAAGCCAGGCUCAAAGGUGCCCGCCGCAAAGCAGAUCAUUUCUCCUGGCAGCACAGCAAGCAAAGAGUCUGAAAAAUUCAGGACUACCAAAGGAAGCCCUUCCCAGUCCUUCCCUAAGCCCGUAGCCACCGAGAAGGCGAAUCUGUCUACCUGCCCUGCGCCUGCGGAGGGCCGGGAAGCUGGCCAAGCUUCUGGCUCCUGUACCGCGACAGUGGCACAGAGCGGUGGGCAGUGCACAGGAAAUGGUGCUGUCCAACUCCCUCAGCAGCAGCAACACACCCACCCGAAUACCGCCACGGUGGCCCCGUUCAUCUACAGAGCACAUUCAGAAAAUGAAGGUACCUCUUUACCAGCUGCUGACUCCUGCACCAGCCCCACAAAGAUGGAUUUGUUGUACAGUAAGACUGCUAAACAGUGCCUAGAGGAAAUAUCUGGUGAAGACCCAGAAGCAAGAAGAAUGCGAACAGUGAAAAACAUAGCGGACUUGAGACAGAAUUUAGAAGAGACAAUGUCCAGUCUCCGUGGGACGCAGAUAAGCCACAGUACCCUGGAGACAACAUUUGACAGCACUGUGACGACGGAAGUGAAUGGGAGGACCAUCCCCAACCUUACCAGUCGCCCCACUCCCAUGACCUGGAGGCUGGGCCAGGCGUGUCCUCGACUUCAGGCAGGAGAUGCCCCCUCCCUGGGUGCUGGCUACUCUCGCAGUGGUACUGGUCGGUUCAUCCACACGGACCCCUCGAGAUUCAUGUACACAACUCCUCUCCGAAGGGCGGCGGUCUCUCGGCUGGGAAACAUGUCUCAGAUUGACAUGAGCGAGAAGGCAGGCAGUGAGCUGGACAUGUCUUCUGAAGUUGAUGUCGGUGGAUAUAUGAGUGAUGGCGAUAUCCUUGGGAAAAGUCUUAGGGCUGAUGACAUCAACAGCGGGUACAUGACAGAUGGAGGACUCAGCCUGUACACUAGAAGCCUGAACCGACUACCAGACCCGGUGACAUCCAGGGAUGGCAUCCAGAGAGGGGUCCAUGACGUGACAGUGGACGCAGACAGCUGGGAUGACAGCAGUUCCGUGAGCAGUGGCCUCAGUGACACCCUGGACAACAUCAGCACUGAUGACCUGCAAACCACAUCCUCGGUCAGCUCUUACUCCAACAUCACUGUCCCUUCCAGAAAGAGCACUCAGCUGAAGACAGAUUCAGAGAAACGCUCCACGGCAGACGAGACCUGGGACAACAGUGAGGAGGUAAAGAAAACAGAAGAGGACAUUGACAGCCAUGGGGAUGCAGGUGGCAAGUGGAAGAACGUCCCCUCGGGGCUUCCUGAAGACCCCGAGAAGGCGGGGCAGAAAGCGUCCCUGUCUGUUUCCCAGACGGGUUCCUGGAGGAGAGGCAUGUCUGCCCAGGGAGCAGCAGCGUCCAGGCAGAAAGCUGGAGCAAGUGCACUCAAGACUCCCGGGAAAACUGAUGAUGCCAAAGCCUCUGAGAAAGGGAAAACUCCCCUGAAAGGAUCCUCUCUGCAGAGGUCUCCUUCAGACGCAGGAAAAAGCAGUGGAGAUGAAGGGAAAAAGCCGCCCUCUGGCAUUGGGCGAUCACCCGCCACCAGCUCUUUUGGAUUCAAGAAGCCGAGUGGAGUAGGGUCAUCCUCUAUGAUCACCAGCAGCGGGGCCACCAUCACCAGUGGCUCAGCCACGCUGGGCAAAAUCCCCAAAUCUGCUGCCAUUGGCGGGAAGUCAAACGCAGGGAGAAAAACCAGUUUGGACGGUUCCCAGAAUCAGGAUGACGUGGUGCUGCAUGUUAGCUCCAAGACCACCCUACAGUACCGCAGCCUGCCCCGCCCUUCAAAGUCCAGUGCCAGUGGCAUUCCCGGCCGAGGGGGCCACAGGUCCAGCACCAGCAGUAUUGAUUCCAAUGUCAGCAGCAAGUCGGCUGGUGCCACCACCUCGAAACUGAGAGAACCCACCAAGAUUGGGUCAGGGCGCUCAAGUCCUGUCACCGUGAACCAGACAGACAAGGAGAAGGAGAAGGUAGCGGUGUCAGAUUCAGAGAGCGUUUCUUUGUCAGGUUCCCCCAAAUCCAGCCCCACCUCUGCCAGCGCCUGUGGGGCACAAGGGCUCAGACAGCCAGGAUCCAAGUAUCCAGACAUUGCCUCACCUACAUUCCGAAGGUUGUUUGGUGCCAAGGCAGGUGGCAAAUCUGCCUCUGCACCUAAUACUGAGGGUGUGAAAUCCUCCUCAGUAAUGCCCAGCCCUAGUACCACAUUAGCGCGCCAAGGCAGUCUGGAGUCACCGUCGUCCGGGACGGGCAGCAUGGGCAGCGCUGGUGGGCUCAGUGGCAGCAGCAGCCCUCUCUUCAAUAAGCCCUCAGACCUAACUACAGAUGUUAUAAGCUUAAGUCACUCGUUGGCGUCCAGCCCAGCGUCGGUUCACUCUUUCACAUCAGGUGGUCUGGUGUGGGCUGCCAAUCUGAGCAGUUCCUCUGCAGGCAGCAAGGACACUCCGAGCUACCAGUCCAUGACUAGCCUCCACACAAGCUCUGAGUCCAUUGACCUGCCCCUCAGCCACCAUGGCUCCCUGUCGGGACUGACCACAGGCACUCAUGAAGUUCAGAGCCUGCUCAUGAGAACGGGUAGUGUGAGAUCUACUCUCUCAGAAAGCAUGCAGCUUGACAGAAAUACACUACCCAAAAAGGGACUAAGAUACACCCCCUCGUCUCGGCAGGCCAGCCAGGAAGAGGGGAAGGAGUGGCUGCGUUCUCAUUCCACCGGAGGCCUGCAGGACACGGGCAGCCAGUCCCCGCUCGUCUCCCCGUCUGCCAUGUCGUCUUCUGCAACAGGAAAAUACCACUUUUCCAACUUGGUAAGUCCCACGAAUCUGUCUCAGUUUCACCUUCCGGGGCCCAGCAUGAUGCGUUCCAACAGCAUCCCCGCCCAGGACUCUUCCUUCGACCUCUACGAGGACGCCCAGCUGUGUGGGAGUGCCACGUCCCUGGAGGAGAGGCCACGCGCCAUCAGCCACUCGGGCUCCUUCAGAGACAGCAUGGAAGAAGUUCAUGGCUCCUCCUUAUCACUGGUCUCCAGCACUUCUUCUCUGUACUCUACAGCUGAAGAAAAGGCACAUUCAGAGCAAAUCCAUAAACUACGGAGAGAACUGGUUGCAUCCCAGGAAAAAGUUGCUACCCUAACGUCUCAACUUUCAGCAAAUGCUCACCUUGUCGCAGCUUUUGAAAAGAGUUUAGGAAAUAUGACUGGCCGAUUGCAAAGUCUAACCAUGACAGCGGAACAAAAGGAGUCUGAACUUAUAGAACUAAGAGAGACCAUUGAAAUGCUGAAGGCCCAGAACUCCGCCGCCCAGGCAGCUAUUCAGGGAGCACUGAAUGGCCCAGAUCACCCUCCCAAAGAUCUGCGCAUCAGAAGACAGCAUUCCUCUGAAAGCGUUUCCAGUAUCAACAGUGCCACAAGCCAUUCCAGCAUCGGCAGUGGUAAUGAUGCUGACUCCAAGAAAAAGAAAAAGAAGAACUGGGUGAACUCUAGAGGAAGUGAGCUAAGAAGCUCUUUCAAACAAGCCUUUGGGAAGAAAAAGUCCACCAAGCCUCCUUCCUCACACUCUGACAUUGAAGAGCUCACGGACUCAUCCCUUCCGGCGUCCCCCAAGCUGCCGCACAGUGCUGGGGACUGUGGCUCGGCGUCCAUGAAGCCCUCGCAGUCUGCCUCAGCGUCACCCCUUGUCUGGCCACCAAAGAAACGGCAAAAUGGCCCUGUGAUCUACAGGCACAGAUCCCGGAUCUGCGAAUGCACAGAGGCUGAGGCAGAGAUAAUUCUGCAGCUGAAGAGCGAGCUCAGAGAAAAAGAAUUAAAAUUAACGGAUAUUCGGCUGGAGGCCCUCAGCUCUGCUCACCAUCUUGAUCAGAUCCGGGAAGCCAUGAACCGGAUGCAGAAUGAAAUUGAAAUACUGAAAGCUGAAAAUGACCGGUUGAAGGCAGAAACUGGGAACACGGCUAAACCGGCUCGGCCCCCUUCUGAAUCCUCCAGCACCGCCUCCUCCUCAUCUUCACGGCAGUCAUUAGGACUUUCCCUAAACAACCUGAACAUCACAGAGGCUGUCACCUCAGAUAUUUUGCUGGAUGAUGCUGGGGAUGCGACUGGACAUAAAGAUGGCCGCAGCGUGAAGAUUAUCGUCUCCAUAAGCAAGGGCUAUGGUCGAGCAAAGGAUCAGAAGUCCCAGGCAUAUCUGAUAGGAUCCAUUGGUGUUAGUGGAAAAACCAAGUGGGAUGUCUUAGAUGGUGUAAUUAGGCGUCUCUUUAAGGAAUAUGUAUUCCGAAUUGAUACAUCCACUAGCCUUGGUCUGAGCUCGGACUGCAUUGCUAGCUACUGUAUAGGAGACUUGAUUAGAUCCCAUAACCUAGAAGUGCCUGAACUGCUGCCUUGUGGAUACCUCGUUGGAGAGAAUAACGUCAUCACUGUGAACUUGAAAGGGGUAGAAGAAAACAGUUUGGACAGUUUUGUUUUUGAUACGCUGAUUCCUAAGCCAAUUACCCAAAGGUACUUUAACUUGUUGAUGGAGCAUCACAGAAUUAUACUCUCAGGACCAAGUGGUACUGGAAAGACCUAUUUAGCAAACAAACUUGCUGAAUAUGUAAUAACCAAAUCUGGGAGGAAAACCACAGAGGAUGCAAUUGCCACUUUCAAUGUGGACCACAAGUCAAGUAAGGAGCUGCAGCAGUAUCUAGCCAAUCUGGCGGAGCAGUGCAGUGCAGACAAUAACAGUGUGGAGCUUCCGGUUGUAAUAAUUCUUGAUAAUCUUCAUCAUGUCGGCUCUCUGAGUGAUGUCUUCAAUGGUUUCCUCAAUUGUAAAUACAACAAAUGUCCUUAUAUUAUUGGAACAAUGAAUCAGGGAGUUUCUUCAUCACCAAAUCUAGAGCUGCAUCACAAUUUCAGGUGGGUACUAUGCACAAAUCACACAGAACCCGUGAAAGGCUUUUUAGGCAGGUAUCUUCGAAGGAAACUGAUAGAGAUGGAAAUUGAGAGGAACGUACGCAAUAAUGACCUGGUCAAAAUUAUAGACUGGAUUCCUAAGACGUGGCAUCAUCUCAACAGUUUUUUGGAAACACACAGUUCUUCUGACGUUACCAUUGGUCCCCGACUUUUCCUUCCAUGCCCCAUGGACGUUGAAGGUUCUAGAGUGUGGUUCAUGGAUCUCUGGAACUAUUCUUUGGUACCUUAUGUUCUGGAGGCAGUAAGAGAAGGUCUUCAGAUGUAUGGGAAACGCACACCAUGGGAAGAUCCCUCAAAGUGGGUGCUUGACACCUACCCAUGGAACUCAACUUCUCUGCCUCAGGAGAGCCCAGCAUUACUGCAGUUGCGACCAGAAGAUGUUGGGUAUGAGGGUUGCACAUCCACUAAGGAAGCCACAACCUCAAAGCACAUUCCACAGACUGACACAGAAGGCGAUCCCCUGAUGAAUAUGCUGAUGAAACUCCAAGAAGCAGCCAAUUACUCGGGCACACAGAGCUGUGAGAGUGACAGCACCAGCCACCGUGAAGACCUUGUGGAUUCAUCUCUUGAAUCGACCCUGUAAAGGGUGAAAAGAGUUAGUUGGAAAGACUAUGCUUAAAAAAAAUAUGUUUGAAAAUUAAGGUAUUUUCACUAAACCACUGCCAGUAUAAAAGCACCCUGUCAAGGGCCCUGACCCAGAGUCAUGGUCUCCAAGGAGGCAGCAGAAUCAAGACUGAACUGCCAAGAUGCUAAAUUGAGAUGGAAGCUUAACUUUAUUUUAUUUCUAAGCGUUUUUAUAUCCAUGGAGUGAUAGAAAGCUCCGUUACUCAACUGGAAAGGACCCUAGACAGGGCAACUGAAUAGAUUGCACAUGAAAUAGCCCAACUGGAAUUUCUUUUUAUUCCUCUUUAAAAGUUUACAAUGCGGAUCUUUCUUUCUUUCUUUCUUUUUCUCCUUUGGUCCCUUCCUUUCUGUUUGCUCUGAGGAGCUGUUUGUUCUCCCCAGGCAGGGUCCACUCUUUUAACUUGUCCGACCUCCUUUGUGCCGCAUGGUGCUGGUCACAGGGCUCCAGUAGUGUCUGUGUUGCGUGCUCACCCCAUUCCAGGACGAAUCCCAGAGGCCAGUCCUCCAUAAGCACAAAUGGAAUUGUGCAACCACCAGAGAAGCGCUACUGUGGCAAACUGGACAAGUGCCCAUUCAGUUCUAACCGCCGUGCUCUCAUGAUGUCUCUACCCACUUCUAGUCCAUGAGUCACAGGUUUUAUAAGGUUGUUUUUAUCACAGUGGUCUUUUUAAACCACCUGUCCACGCCCUUAACAAGAGUUUUAUACCAAUUAUUAGUCAACACUGAAGAAAGGCUUUUUUUAGGGCUUUAUGUGUUUGAGCCUUUUCAGUGAAAGAGGGAACAUUUCCUAUGGUGCUGUCUCACUGCCUUAAAACUGAUUUCUACAACAGUUUAUCAGUUGGUUUAAAUCCUAAACCAUUGGUAAUUCCCACUGUCUUUUCAUUUACAAUCAAGCAACGCCAGUUGAAAUAGUAGCCUCAUUUCUGUAUAUCUUUCUCUCUCUCUCUUUUUCUUUAAGAAAUGGAUAGGAGAAAGAUCAGCAUUUCUACCUUGUGAAUAGAUUGCUUUGCCUCAUCCUCCAAAAUGUUCAAGUAACCCAGAAACCCUCUUUGAUGGUCACUUAAAAGCUGAGACAUGUGGUGAAAUUUUAUCCUGUUCAAAGUGAAGGAGAUUCAGAAGGUGGGAGAUUUUGAGUUCUUAUCCAGCAGAGCAGGGCUGGAGGUACUGGAUUUAGCAUGAGCACAACUAUUUGGCUUCCCUCCCCUAUUCUUUUGUUUUUUUUUUUAAUUAGUUUUGACGCAUGUUGUUUUGAUAGCUAUUGUUGUACAUGGGAAAUUCAGCAUUAAAGAACACUGAAGCAGUAAAAUCACUGUGGAAGAGGAAGCGUUUAUACUGUAAAAGAAGGUUAGAUUUGCACAGUCUACUGGGUAGGUAUUGUAAAUAAUAAUUUUUAAAACUUGCACAAGUCCAAACAAACACAAAUGAAAUUGUACUUUAUCCUGUUGGUGUUAAGAGGUGUUUCACUUGCUGAGAUUUCCUGUACGUUACAAACAAAUACAGAAUGCAAACCUUCAAAACUGUUAUUAUCUGGUGUUUGUCCUGUAUUUACAGUUGUUAUGACUAUGCAGGAGCUAUCAGUGCUAGAGUGAGCAUGCUUCAAAACUGUACAUGAAGCCAAUAUAUUUUUGGAUAAGUAAAACUGUCUGAGAGUACAUCUGUCCUGGCAGGCUUUAAAGAGCGCGCAUGAAAACUGAUCAGAGUCAUUGGAGAAGUUACCACCACACACAGAGGACAGGUUUUAAGUUUAUAAAACCCAAGGGCUAGGCCACGGUGUAGACUUGUUCUAUGCAUGUGAAAAUGUGUUACUUUUAGGACGUGUAAUUGGUGCUACUCUCUGUGACCACUCAUGGGUCAGUUGCUCUAGAAAGAACAACACCACCGCCACAAGACAUCUGUGCAGUUUUCAGAGUGUCACUGAGUAUAUAGGUCCUUCCACGGUGCUAUUGCCCUAAGGGAAAUCCUAGCAGGAUUUAUGCACAUAGAAUUGUACACCCUGACUUUGAAGCCUCAAACAUGGGUCCAAUCCGUUGUGAAACAUCACUAUAUGUAGCUGGGUGAGUGACUAGUUGCCCUUGUAUGAUGUGUGAUCUAAGAAAAUCGCUAAUCUUUUCCUGCCAUUUUGAGAAACACAGUCCAAACAUGAGCAUAAACCGACGUGUCCUGGAAUACACCCCAGUAGGUCCACCUAGUUUACAACUUAAACUAGUUUGUGAAACAUUUGUCUGUAUACAUUUUAUAUUUUGUACAUUUUUGAUGUAACAUAUCAUGUAAAUAGAAACAGUGAAAUAAAUCAUCAGAAAAGUUUUUGUAGUCUUUGUAAAGCCCCAACGAUAAGUACUUGGUGUCGAUGGACUGGACUGGAUGAUGUAUUUUCUAUUAGUUUAUUGUUCCUCUAGCUUGUAAACCAGCUUGCAUAUAUUUUUUUGCAAACGUGCACCCUGUAUCUGUCUAAAUUAUUACUUUGCCAUUAAAGUGGAAUUAUUUAUUGACAACAAA